AUGGCUCCCUAUUACAUCCGGAAAUAUGAAGACCAAGACAGGGAGACUGUGAUAGACAUAUUCACUAAGGGAACACUGUAUCUGAUUCCUUCUUGCUUCUUCCAUCUGCUGAAGCAACCAAGAGGCUUCCUGCUCCUGUUAGGGGGUCCGGCACUCCUGUUUCUUGGGUCUGGUUCCCUCCUCCUGUCUCUCUUGGCUUUCCUGGGCCUCCUGGCUGUCCUGUGGUGGGUUGCUGGAUAUCCCUUCUCCUCUUAUCUUGACCAUGCUUUGCGUACAGACAUGAGAGACAUCAGGAAAUCCUACCUCAGUGACACAGGGUCUUGUUUGUGGGUAGCAGAGUCAGAGGGGCAGGUGGUGGGACUAGUGUGUGCCUGCCCAGUACAAGAGGCUUCAGGAAGACAGAAAAACCUGGAGUUGCUACAUUUGUCAGUGGACCAAGAGCACUGGGGCCAGGGUAUUGCCAAAUCCCUUACUCAAACUGUGCUCCAGUUUGCACAGGACCAAGGCUAUGAUAAUGUGGUCUUGAGUACUAUUAAGCUGAAUUACCCAGCUCAACAAUUAUAUGAGCGUCUGGGCUUCUGGAAAUCACACGAAGCCUUUGUUUCUCUGAAAUGGAAGAUAAUAGCGAUUCCUUUUUUUUUCUAUGAAUAUACAGUUGCUUCUUCACUCUGA